AUGGAAACAGAGAACAAACUACACAACAAAAUAAAAAAUGAAGCAGUUCAUGAAGUUGACGAAACUGAACUUCAAAGAGAGCUGAAGAAGACAAGUGAAGAAGUAGAAAAGUCAAUGUCUGAAUUCUUUGAGAAAGACAAAGAUAAAGAUAUACUGAUUCAGUGGAAAACAUCAUUUGAAAUCAAAAUCAAAGAGCUUCGGGAAAACAUUGUGAGAGAAACAAAAAGGAAAUUAAAUGGGAUUCUUGAGCAGCGAGACCAGAAGAAAAAGAUUGAAGCUAAGAGAACAGCUCAUGAAAACACUCUCUAUGAAAAGAGCAAAGAACUUCCCUUAAAACUCAAAGACAAAGCAAAUGAUGAAGAAACACUGAAGAAAGAGUUUGAUUUGUUUUGGGAGCAGAGUGCAGAUAAGAUUAUCUCAGACACGCCUCCAAACAAUGACAUUGACAUAAUGAGGGAUGUGAUAAAAAUCCUCAGUGACAUCUAUGAGGGGCGUCUCCCUGCUGACCACUUUAAAAAGGACAGUGAGUUCAUCAAUAUUUUCACUGUCUGGAGUUUUUUUGAUUAUGUUAUUUUCAAAAAGUCCAAAAAAAAGGGGGUUAAAGAGGCUCUAAAGGAUGUUUACAGAACAAUGAAAGAAACAUUUGGACAUAUUCGAACUCUGUCUCCAGAGAAUGAAGCUCAAAUUAGAUCAUUAGUCACAGAUGUUGACCAGCAUACAGACACAAUGAUUCAGUCAUUUAACAUUUCAAAGAUGGGAUACAACAUCAGCUGCACUCAAAAACUCAUAGAUUAUAUCAAGAAGAGAGUAACAGAACACCAGGAAGGACCAGUGAAAUAUGAGUUCAAGAAUGAAUUCUUUAUUGAUUUGGUUCUUUCCAUCUGUAAGAAAUCAAACAAGAUGAACAACGACCAACACAUACAUUUCAAGGAAGCAAUAUAUGUUGAGAAGAGAGAAGAGUACUAUAGUAUUUUCCAGAAAUACUGUCAUGGAGCAACAUCAGUUGCCAUUUUUGGUGAGAUCAUCUGUCAAAAACUGAAAGAGCCCUUUGAGCAGAGUGUGUACAAGAAGACUGCCAGAGAUCUGACAGAUGAAAUGAGAUCAAACUGUGAAUCACUGAAUGGAAACAGAUCAAAUCUGGAGAAACACAUCCUGAAGGCACUGGCAGAAGAGGAGGAUUUUGACAAAUACAUGAACUACAUUGAUAAUCCCAGAGAUCACUUCAAGAGUUUCAUCAGAGAUGAAGUCAGUCGGUACAUCACUGAUAAGUUCAGUGUCAGUGUUUUACACAAGAUGAAGAUGAACAUUGAACUCCUGCAGCAGAAGAUCAUGGAAGCAGCUCAUGAAUCUACUGAACAUGUUCAAGUCACAGUCUACAGGAAACUGGAGACUGAAUACAGCAAGUGGUCCUGGAGUCUUCGCAGUGCCAUGAUGGAAUCUGAGAACAAACUACACAACAAAAUAGAAAAUGAAGCAAUUCAUGAAGUUGAGGAAACUGAUCUUCAAAGAGAGCUGAAGAAGACAAGUGAAGAAGUAGAAAAGUCAAUGUCUGAAUUCUUUGAGAAAGACAAAGAUAAAGAUAUACUGAUUCAGUGGAAAACAUCAUUUGAAAUCAAAAUCAAAGAGCUUCGGGAAAACAUUGUGAGAGAAACAAAAAGGAAAUUAAAUGGGAUUCUUGAUGCUCAGAGGACACUGAAGAAAAUGAUUGAAGUUCAGAGAACAGCUCAUGAAAACACUCUCUAUGAAAAAAGCAAAGAACUUGCCUUUAAAAUCAAAGACAAAGCAAAUGAUGAAGAAACACUGAAGAAAGAGUUUGAUUUGUUUUGGGAGCAGAGUGCAGAUAAGAUUAUCUCAGACACGCCUCCAAACAAUGACAUUGACAUAAUGAGGGAUGUGAUAAAAAUCCUCAGUGACAUCUAUGAGGGGCGUCUCCCUGCUGACCACUUUAAAAAGGACAGUGAGUUCAUCAAUAUUUUCACUGUCUGGAGUUUUUUUGAUUAUGUUAUUUUCAAAAAGUCCAAAAAAAAGGGGGUUAAAGAGGCUCUAAAGGAUGUUUACAGAACAAUGAAAGAAACAUUUGGACAUAUUCGAACUCUGUCUCCAGAGAAUGAAGCUCAAAUUAGAUCAUUAGUCACAGAUGUUGACCAGCAUACAGACAAAAUGAUUCAGUCAUUUAACAUUUCAAAGAUGGGCUACAACAUCAGUGACAUCCAACAACUCAUAGAUUACAUCAAAGCAAGAGUAAUUAAACAUCAGGAAGGACCAGUUAAAUAUGAGUUCAAGAAGAAAUUCUUUAUCGAUUUGGUUCUUUCCAUUUGUAAAAAAGCAAACAAGAUGAUUGCUGACCAACACAGACUAUUCAGAGAUGCCAAUGAUCCUGUGAUAUAUGUUGAGAAGAAGAGAGAAGAGUGCUAUAGUAUUUUCCAGAAAUACUGUAAUGAAGCUCCAUCAGCUGCCAUUUUUGGUGAGAUCAUCUGUCAGAAACUGAAAGAGCCCAUUGAGCAGAGUGUCUACAAGAAGACUGCCAGAGAUCUGACAUACAAAAUUAUGAAAAACUGUGAAUCACUGAAUGGAAACAGAUUAAAUCUGGAGAAACACAUCCUGAAGACACUGGCAGAAGAGGAGGAUUUCAACAAAUACAUGAACUACAUCCAUAAUGCCAGAGAUCACUUCAGUGGUUUCAUCAGAGAUGAAGUCAGUCGGUACAUCACUGAUCAGUUCAGUGUCAGUGUUUUACCCAAGAUGAAGGAGAACAUUAAACUACUGCAGCAGAAGAUCAUGAAAGCAGCACAUGAAUCUACUGAACAUGUUCAAGUGAACAGAGGAGAUGCUGGUUUGUGGUUGAAGAGUUUCACACAGCAGCUCUCAAAUGAGCUGAUCUUCUCUGAAAAACACCUCAGUGGAGAGAAACAUCAUGAUGUUGAUGAUUUCAACCUCCUAGAAGAUGUGAUAAAGAAAGAUCUUACUGCUAUAAUGUCUGACAUCAGCAAUAGUUUCAACACAGAGACAUUUCCAGUAAAGCUAGACUAUAAGUUCAGGCCACAUGAGCUUCUGACUGAUCACUUCUGUCAGUGUUGUUGGGUUCAGUGUCCUUUCUGUAAAGCCAUUUGCACCAACACCAUAGGAAACCAUCAUGGAGAUCACAAUACUCCUUUCCAUCGUAGUAUUGGUCUGAAUGGAAUAUAUUUCAAUAAUACAUCUCAUUUGUCUACUUAUAUCUGCACAUCAGCAGAAGCAAGCAGCAUUCAAUAUUUUUGUCCAAAUGACUCAAUUGAUGAAGUCCCCUGGAGAGAUUACAGAAGAGCAGGAGGAGUUUAUGCAGACUGGAGCACCCCCCCUGAUCUCUCUGACCUGCCCUACUGGAAGUGGUUUGUGUGCAGAUUCAAGAAAGAUCUGGAAAAACACCACAAAAAAACAUUUGAGGGACAGGGUAAGAUACCAGAUGAAUGGAAAAAAUAUUCAAAACUGGACGCUAUUGAGAGUUUGGAUAAUUACAUUUAA